AUGCCGUCCUUCCUCUCCAAAGUCUUCGCCCGCAAAAAGGAGGAGAAGGAAUCGUCUCGUCCCACCAAGCGGUCCUCUGCCGCUUCGUUACUCGAGGGCAAGUUCGAGGCUGUGUCGCCAAAUGUGUCCCCCUCUGCCACACACUUCCCUGACACUGCACUCCACGGCAAUGGUAAGGUUAAAGAGAAGGAAAAGGACAAGGAUAAGAGUGGCGGGUUCUCUCUCCUGAAGACCCGGACACGCCCUGUCUCUCCUAACGUCGACGCGUCAAAGCCUGCUGCGAAUACUCCCCAUCUGACCCUCAACCUACCUGUUCCUAAGGAGGAGAAGAGUCGCGCUUUAGGCGUUGUGUUCGAAGCGGAUCCAGAAGAUCGGAGCUUGCUCUCUGACAAUGUGGUUGGCGAGAGACAGCUGAGUCCCCUAGAGGCGCUCUUUCUCGUCAAAACAUGUUCUUCUGCCAUUGUCAACCGCGGAGGUUUAGAGACGCUGGGUGUUAUGCACCCACACUGGUACUCCGCCUCACCCGAGACCCAGCGGAGGCUCAUUUCCCUUUUUAUUUUAUCCUUGGCCCCCAAAAGCCCUAUAACCACGCUCUCUCCUACUCCCACAUCUCCUUCGACUAUUUUCAAUACCGAGCUCGAGUAUGCUCGCUCGCCCCAUGACAUUGCCUCUGUCCUGCGAUGGGCACUCCGUCACCUGCAUUUGGAAGGCGACUCUUUUACUGGAGGUAGCAGCACUGACCAGUGGCAAUGGUAUUAUAGCUUCGCCGAUGCUGAGCGGUCGUCAUCGUAUCCCGACAACGCCUUCUCACAGAUUCUCGUCCCCAAGCUCCCACCCGCACAUCUCCAGCUUCUUGUUGCCACGCUGGAGAUCGUCUCAUCGCUUGCAGCCCAUUCCGAGCGCAAUGGUAUUUCUGGCAGCAAAUUGUCUAAGAUUUUAGGACUGUGGAUGUUGGCUGCACACAGAACCGAGAGCGAAGAUGACUGGGCAACGUUCUACGCGCGCUGGGAACGGGCCGGAAGGAUAUUUGAACAUGUAUUCCUAGCGCAAAUCAGGGACGAAAUGAUGCGCAAGAAAAUGCCGCUGCGUCUCUCGGAAUUGGUUGCUGGCUAUCCUUAUAGUAAAAAUGACCAAACCGAGGACAGCUUGCUCCCAAGGCCACGCUUGUCUACACGCCGGUAUGACGCGAUCUAUGUUCGAGUUGAGGCCAAACUUCCAGACUUCACAACGCUGAAGCCGAAGCCGCACCCACUCCGUGUAGUAGCCGACGCCAUGAGGUUGGAGGCGAAUCUGCAGAUUGGCGAGCAUGUCGAUAUGUGGAACACGAUCAGGCAGGCAGCGUCUGCCCGCGACGGUUCCUCGGAAGGAACCGAUGAGAAUGGCCAGGCAUAUCUGACAUUGUCGAAGGUGUUUGCUGAUGACACAAUUCGAUUGCUUUCGCUGAUCCCUGCCGCAAAUGCUGACUAUGUGCCAUCCCCCACUGAUUUAGCUAGUCCACUGCGCGCGACUUUCUCUCGACCCGUCCGGCGUCGCUCGACGUCCCUCAAUUCCGCACAGAAUGGCAAGUUGGGCCAGAAUGGGUUUGGCGGGUCGCGAGCUGCGACAUCGUCGGACAAUCUUGUCCCCAAAGACUGGCAGGACUUUUCCAGCACGGGCUUUGGAGAGAGCGCGCUGGGCAAGGACUUUGCGAAGACGUUGCUCGACAAUGAUUUGGAGGUUACGCAGCCACCGUCGGUCUCACACAAGACAAGCAAACGGCGCAAGACCUCCCCGACUCCCAGCCGUCGAUCAUCGAUCAAGGGACCUGCCGCCCUCCCGCCCACGUUGCCAUUGAAUUGUACGCGUAUCGAUCUGAUCCAGCUCGAUGAGGCGUUCUUCGAUUUCUGGAGUGACGCACUGCUCGACCCCAUUUCGUCGUCCUUCCCCAGCUUCGUCGUUUGCCAACUGAAACCGCUUCCUGGGGUCGAGGCGAACGGCAAGGCGAUAACCUGGCUUGUGCUAGAACAGACGUUCUCUCGCCCGCCUCCUCCCCCCGAACCUAUGCCUGCGUCGCCACCUAUUCCCCGUCGUCCAUCUUCGCCGAGACCUUCCGUGCGCUCCAAUAUGUCGUCACGCAAAAGCUCCACAUUUUCCGCUGCACGGAAGCGCUUCACGUUCUUCUCUUCUACUCAGACCAUUCCCGGCACCCUGGAUUCGAAGGUUCCCGCAAAGAAUGCUGCAAAAUCUGGACGAGUCGGGGAGAUGGGUGAGAUUCUGCCAGAAGUGCCAGAAGGGAAGAUAGGCCAUUUGCACACAGAUCAGCCCAACAUCGAAGAUCCCACGGACGAGAGUCAUAAGACUGAUGCUGUUGCUGCGGUUGCUGCCAUCAGUAUGGCGUCGGAUUUCGAUAUGGCCCAUGCUGCACAGAUCAAGACGUCGGAUCUGCCCCCUGUUCCUGUCGUAGAUGCUGAGCCCCGAGACAAUGGGGUACCUGUUUCGAUCAAGACGGAGGAGCUUGCGUCAGACAAGCCGUGUAUCUCGGUCCCACAAGAUAUUACUGUCCCUACUGACCCUCCUACUGUGAACGAGAACACAGGGGAUGUCUCUGAAUCCAAGCCGCUACCCCCUGCCCCCGAACCUGUGGUUCUUGCGGGAGAUACGCCUGGGCCUCAGAUUGCCUUAAGUACUAGUGAACCUGCGGCGCUUGCUGAGGCCUCUCAAGAUGCAGCCCUGUCAACCCAGUCGGCGGACACAGACGUGCCCGCUCCAUCCACUGUCCUUGAGAUUUCCGAGUCCACCUCGAGCUCCAGCAACCCACUCGACAAGAUUGGUGGCGCUCUUACAAGUGAACCCAUUACGGCGUCUGGUCCCGAAUCUGAAGCCACGAAAGUCUCAUCUACGGCAGUGCUGCAAGCCGAGCACAACGCUAUUACGCCUGUAUCAGAGGUUGAAGUCGUGUCCCAGGCCACCGUUACGAACGCCCCUGCGCAGUAUGAUGCAACAGUUCCUGAUGAGCAUGAGAAAGUCGACCACGAAGAACAGCCCUCAAUGGAGGCGGAGUCUGGGACUACGGAACCAGAGCAUAUCGUCGUACGGGAUGCUAUGCCUGAAACACAUAUUAGUCCAAUAAUUGACGACUCAUCUACUGAAGCAACCACCCCAAAAGUGGAACAAACAUUCGUUCAAAUCCCCGCCGCCGCCGAGAGUCAUGAAGAGGAGGUCGUAGUUGACGGUGUGCCUUCGACAUCACCAGAUGAGCAAGAUGAGGCUGUCGAGGGGGAUCGUGAAGAGAGCAGUGUGCCCCAGGAGGAAAAUUCCGAAGGUGCAAUAUAUGAGCCAGCAACCGCGCUAGGCGAAGAAGCUGGGCAGACAGUAGCGCAAGUCAGCGAGGACGAAGUCGAGAUAACCAACUGA